AUGGCGGCGUCGCGUCGCUCUCAGCAUCAUCACCACCAUCAUCAACAACAGCUCCAGCCCGCCCCAGGGGCUUCGGCGCCGCCGCCGCCACCUCCACCCCCACUCAGCCCUGGCCUGGCCCCGGGGACCACACCAGCCUCCCCAACGGCAGGUGGCCUGGCCCCCUUCGCCUCCCCGCGGCACGGCCUAGCGCUGCCAGAGGGGGAUGGCAGUCGGGAUCCGCCCGACAGGCCUCGAUCCCCGGAGCCGGUUGACACUACCAGCUGUUGCAGUACCACCAGCACAAUCUGUACGGCCGCCGCCGCUCCCGUGGCCCCGGCGGUUUCCGCUUCAUCUGCCGUCGGGGUCGCUCCCAACCCAGCCGGCGGUGGCAGUAACAAUUCACCGUCGUCCUCUUCUUCCCCGACUUCUUCCUCAUCUUCCUCUCCAUCCUCCCCUGGAUCGAGCUUGGCGGAGAGCCCCGAGGCGGCAGGAGUUAGCACCACAGCAACAUUGGGGCCUGGGGCAGCGGGACCUGGGCCAGGGGUCCCAGCAGUAAGCGGGGCCUUACGGGAACUGUUGGAGGCCUGUCGCAAUGGGGACGUGUCCCGGGUAAAGAGGCUGGUGGACGCGGCAAACGUGAAUGCUAAGGACAUGGCCGGCCGGAAGUCUUCUCCCCUGCACUUCGCUGCAGGUUUUGGAAGGAAGGAUGUCGUAGAACACUUACUACAGAUGGGUGCUAAUGUCCAUGCUCGUGAUGAUGGAGGUCUCAUCCCACUUCAUAAUGCCUGUUCUUUUGGCCAUGCUGAAGUUGUGAGUCUGUUACUAUGUCAAGGAGCCGAUCCAAAUGCCAGGGAUAAUUGGAACUACACCCCUCUGCACGAAGCUGCUAUUAAAGGGAAAAUCGACGUAUGUAUCGUGCUGCUGCAGCACGGAGCAGAUCCAAACAUUCGGAACACUGAUGGGAAAUCAGCCCUGGACCUGGCCGACUCUUCAGCGAAAGCUGUCCUCACAGGUGAAUACAAGAAAGACGAACUCCUAGAAGCUGCUAGGAGUGGUAAUGAAGAAAAACUAAUGGCUUUACUGACUCCUCUAAAUGUGAAUUGCCAUGCAAGUGAUGGGCGAAAGUCUACGCCUCUACAUCUGGCUGCAGGCUACAACAGAGUGCGGAUAGUACAGCUUCUUCUCCAGCAUGGUGCUGAUGUUCAUGCAAAAGACAAAGGCGGACUUGUGCCUCUUCAUAAUGCGUGUUCAUAUGGACAUUAUGAGGUCACAGAACUGCUACUUAAGCAUGGAGCUUGUGUCAACGCUAUGGAUCUCUGGCAGUUCACUCCACUCCAUGAGGCUGCUUCCAAGAAUCGUGUGGAAGUCUGCUCUCUGUUACUUAGCCAUGGUGCUGAUCCUACACUAGUCAAUUGCCAUGGCAAAAGUGCUGUAGAUAUGGCUCCAACUCCUGAGCUCCGGGAGAGAUUGACUUAUGAAUUUAAAGGUCAUUCUCUACUGCAAGCAGCCAGAGAAGCAGACCUAGCCAAAGUUAAAAAAACACUUGCUUUGGAAAUCAUUAAUUUCAAACAACCACAGUCUCAUGAAACUGCCCUGCACUGUGCUGUGGCCUCCCUGCAUCCCAAACGAAAACAAGUGACAGAACUAUUACUUAGAAAAGGAGCAAAUGUUAAUGAAAAAAAUAAAGAUUUCAUGACUCCCUUGCAUGUUGCAGCAGAAAGAGCUCACAAUGAUGUCAUGGAAGUUCUACAUAAGCAUGGAGCAAAGAUGAACGCACUGGACACUCUUGGUCAGACUGCUUUGCAUAGAGCUGCCCUAGCAGGCCACCUGCAGACCUGCCGCCUCCUGCUGAGUUACGGCUCCGAUCCCUCCAUCAUCUCCUUACAAGGCUUUACUGCAGCGCAGAUGGGGAACGAAGCCGUGCAGCAAAUUCUGAGCGAAAGUACACCUAUACGCACUUCUGAUGUUGACUAUCGACUCUUAGAGGCAUCUAAAGCUGGAGACUUGGAAACUGUGAAGCAACUUUGCAGCCCUCAAAAUGUGAAUUGCAGAGAUUUGGAGGGUCGGCAUUCUACACCUCUACACUUUGCAGCAGGCUACAAUCGUGUGUCUGUUGUGGAGUACCUCCUACACCACGGGGCCGAUGUCCACGCCAAAGACAAAGGUGGCUUGGUGCCCCUUCAUAAUGCCUGUUCAUAUGGACACUAUGAGGUAGCAGAACUUUUAGUAAGGCAUGGGGCUUCUGUCAAUGUGGCGGAUUUAUGGAAGUUUACCCCUCUGCAUGAAGCAGCAGCUAAAGGAAAAUAUGAAAUCUGCAAGCUCCUUUUAAAACAUGGAGCAGACCCAACCAAAAAGAACAGAGAUGGAAACACGCCAUUAGAUUUGGUAAAAGAGGGAGACACGGACAUCCAGGACCUGCUGAGGGGAGACGCCGCCUUACUGGAUGCUGCCAAGAAAGGCUGCCUGGCGAGAGUGCAGAAGCUCUGCACCCCAGAGAAUAUCAACUGCAGGGACACCCAGGGCAGAAACUCCACCCCUCUGCACCUGGCGGCAGGCUACAAUAACCUGGAGGUAGCUGAAUAUCUUCUGGAGCACGGAGCAGAUGUUAAUGCCCAAGACAAAGGUGGUUUAAUUCCUCUUCAUAACGCAGCAUCCUAUGGGCAUGUGGACAUAGCAGCAUUGCUGAUAAAAUACAACACGUGUGUAAAUGCAACAGACAAGUGGGCGUUUACUCCUCUGCAUGAAGCAGCCCAGAAAGGAAGGACACAGUUAUGUGCCCUACUCCUAGCACAUGGUGCAGAUCCAACUAUGAAGAACCAGGAAGGCCAGACACCUUUAGAUCUGGCGACGGCUGACGACAUCAGAGCUUUGCUGAUAGAUGCCAUGCCCCCGGAGGCCUUACCCACCUGUUUUAAACCUCAGGCCACCGUAGUGAGUGCCUCUCUGAUCUCACCAGCAUCCACCCCCUCCUGCCUGUCUGCUGCCAGCAGCAUCGAUAACCUCACUGGCCCUUUAGCGGAACUGGCCGUAGGAGGAGCGGCCAACACAGGGGAUGGGGCAGCGGGCGCAGAAAGGAAGGAGGGAGAAGUUGCGGGUCUUGACAUGAAUAUCAGCCAAUUCCUGAAAAGCCUUGGUCUUGAACACCUUCGGGACAUCUUUGAAACAGAACAGAUUACACUAGAUGUACUGGCUGAUAUGGGUCAUGAGGAGUUGAAAGAAAUAGGCAUCAAUGCAUAUGGACACCGCCAUAAAUUAAUUAAAGGAGUAGAAAGACUCUUAGGUGGACAACAAGGCACCAACCCUUAUCUGACUUUUCACUGUGUUAAUCAGGGAACUAUUUUGCUGGAUCUUGCUCCAGAGGAUAAGGAAUAUCAGUCAGUAGAAGAAGAGAUGCAAAGUACGAUUCGAGAACACAGAGAUGGUGGUAAUGCUGGUGGCAUCUUCAACAGAUACAAUGUCAUUCGAAUUCAAAAAGUUGUCAACAAGAAGUUGAGGGAACGAUUCUGUCACAGACAAAAGGAAGUGUCUGAGGAGAAUCACAACCAUCACAAUGAGCGCAUGCUAUUUCACGGUUCUCCUUUCAUUAAUGCCAUUAUUCAUAAAGGGUUUGAUGAGCGACAUGCAUACAUAGGAGGAAUGUUUGGUGCCGGGAUUUAUUUUGCUGAAAACUCCUCCAAAAGCAACCAGUAUGUUUAUGGAAUCGGCGGAGGAACAGGCUGUCCCACGCACAAAGAUCGCUCGUGUUAUAUAUGUCACAGACAAAUGCUUUUCUGUAGAGUGACCCUUGGCAAAUCCUUUCUGCAAUUCAGCACCAUGAAAAUGGCUCAUGCCCCUCCAGGACAUCACUCAGUGAUCGGGAGACCAAGUGUGAACGGGCUGGCAUAUGCUGAAUAUGUCAUCUACAGAGGUGAACAGGCCUACCCAGAGUAUCUCAUCACAUACCAGAUCAUGAAGCCAGAAGCUCCUUCGCAAACCGCCACAGCCGCGGAGCAGAAGACCUAG